AUGUCCUCAAGUUCAACGCAGAAGUACAAACUCAUUUACUUCGUCCCCGUCAAGAACCUUGAUGCUACGAAAGCCGCAAUUUUUGCCGCCGGCGCAGGGCGGUACCCCGGACCUGGAAAUUAUACGGAAUGUGCCUGGGUCUCCUUAGGAACUGGGCAAUUUAGGCCUGGUGAUAUGGCAAAUCCGCAUCUUGGAGAAGUAGGAGAACUGAAGCAAGUAGAAGAAGCGAGGGUCGAGACGCUUGUCAUUGGAGAGGAGGUUGUGCGCGAAGUAGUCCAGGCACUCAAGAGUGCCCACCCAUACGAGGAGCCUGCAUACGACGUGACCAAAUUAGAAGAAUUCUAA